AUAAGGGGGGGCGCCGUCAUCAGUGACCCUGCACCACAGUGGCAUUAUAUGCCAAUGACAUAAGUUAUACACAGUGUCACUGUCCUCCAGCACAAGGUGCCCAGAGGUGGUGGAUGCAGCUUUCAGUCCUGGACCUGGCAUCUCAGAAAAUCAGUGAACCCUGGAUGUAUCUCCUCAUUUCAGGAUUGGGACAAGUGUCAGUGACAGGGGUUAGACCACUAUGAUUCCGCCUGGAGAGUGCAUGUAUGCCGGAAGAAAAAGAAGGAAACCCGUACAAAAACAGAGACCAUCAUCAGGGAGUGAAAAAUCAAACCCUUCAAAAAGACACAGAGAUCGACUAAAUGCAGAAUUAGAUCGACUGGCCAGCUUGCUGCCGUUGCCUCCUGAAAUUAUUACAAAGCUGGAUAAACUUUCCAUACUUCGUCUUAGUGUCAGUUACUUACGCGUGAAAAGUUUCUUCCAAGCAAUUGAGGAACAGCACUCCAAGAAGCAACCAUGCCAGCCGGUCGGUCACGCAAUAAUAGGAGACAACCCAUCCGGAGGGAUUGCCAUGCCAGAAGGAGAGCUGCUACUAGAGACACUGAAUGGAUUUGCUCUUGUUGUGAGUACAGAAGGGAUGAUAUUCUAUGCUUCAUCGACUAUACUAGACUACCUGGGCUUCCAUCAAACUGAUGUAAUGCAUCAAAAUGUCUAUGAUUACAUCCAUGUGGAUGAUCGACAAGAAUUCUGCAGGCAACUUCACUGGGCUAUGAAUCCCCAACAGAUGGUGCUUACACAGGAGUCUCAAACAGAAACAGGAGAAGAAGUCUUCCUCAAAAAACUAUACAAAGCACAAGAGUCGAGCUCCAGCAACUCAGAGUACUCCUCAUUCCUCAACCGAUUCUUUAUCUGCCGUGUCCGAUGCCUUUUGGAUAGCACUUCUGGAUUUCUGACAAUGCAGUUUGAAGGUAAACUGAAGUUCCUCUUUGGCCAGAAAAAUAAGGCAUCUCCAGGAACAAGUGUUCCACCACAGAUGGCGUUGUUCUGCAUAGCGGUACCACUUCUGCUUCCUCCAGUCACUGAGAUGAAAAUGAAGAGCGUGCUUGUGAGAACACAGAAAAAACCUGCUGCGCCUUCCAACACUGAAAACACAGGAAAAGAAUUCCCUAGUAUGGAUGUGGAAAUCAAUGGAAGGAAUGGCCACCAGGGGGCAAGCUUUCCAAAUAUGUUACACAAUACGGAGAACCAAAUUAAAUUAAUAAAUUCUGGUGACAGUGGAAUUUCAUUACUAAAAGUCCGAACAAAUGAAGACCAGUGGGUUUGGGUUGAGGCAAAUGCUCCAAUACUCUACAGAAAUGGAUGUUCAGAUUAUGUAGUUGCCCCCCAACAAGCUCAAAGGGAUGAGGAGGCCCAAAUAAAAAAGCAGACUAUGCUUGGUAUGAAAGGAAGCAGAGAGGCUCCUUCAUGCAAUACUUCAAGUGAAUCACCAGUGCUAUUGAAGCAACAUCUGACAUGGGGAAAACAUGAAAAGGAAGAAAUGAAGAUUAAAUUUCAUACAAGGACUGACUCAUUUUUGCAGGAAGAAAACUACUUACCUAAGAAUCUUUCUAGCAUUCAGAAUCACUGUAACAGCAGCAGUCCAUGGACAGUAAAAAAUCCUGUUGGAUCUAGAUCAGGACACCAGUUGAUAGGCUCAUUCUCAAGUAGAUCUGGGAGGCCUUUUUACAACAUGGACCAAAGUCAUGCUGGAAUGCAUCUGACGGGUCGUCCCCAUCGUGGAGCUGUUGAGAAUUUUCAAGCAUAUCAUGGUCUGCAGCAGCAUUCUAUAGACUCUUAUCCUACAGAUAAUAUUAAAAUGGAAAAUGCUUUUGUAAGUCCAGAUGUCUUAUAUGACUCAGGUUUGCCUUUAAACAUCCCCAUCAAAACUGAAAAUGACUCUGAUUCUGAGGGCAUGUCUGAACCUUACCCAAAGCCACAUGGUCAUGGAUGGGCAAGUGAAAACAAUGCCCUGAAGAGAACGUUGAUGGACUUUCCUGAAGGGCUUCAUCUUAAGACUGAAUCAGGCCUCUGUCAGCAAAAUUCAUGCCUAAAACCAAAGCAUCUUAUGCAUUCUACUCAUAGAGGACAUUGUUUUGUUCCAGCUGCACAUAUGAACCAUAUAAACACAAGUCGGCCGUUUAAAGGUCUGUACAACAAGGAUCCAACUCAAUUUUAUCCUCAGAAGUGCAACUACCUAGACAGCAUACUGAGCCAACAGGGGGCAGAUUGUUUAAAUAGUCAGCCUUAUACAAUAGAUGACAAGAAUCAGGGUGACCAAUCUUAUAAGCUACAAUGUGAUUUUAAAGCUCAUAAUAUUUUUCAGAAUAUCAAGCGUGAGCCCCUGGACUCACCUCCAUGGGUUGAAAGCGAUCAGGAUUUGGUACCAGCACUCUACCAAAAAAACACACUGAUGGGAUUUUUACCUGGUCAAAUGCCACAUAAUGCAGCGGAAUUUGCAUACAUUCAAUAAGUUUUGCAUUUCUUAUUGGAAUUUUAGAUAAAAUAAUAUAUUGCACUAUUUCAACGUAAGGUCUCCUUUUAUAUGCUUACACUGUGGUAAAAGUGCGGUUGGUGCUUAUAAAGCCUUAUGUACUGGGCAGACAUUUUGAAAACUGCUUUUUUCUCAAGAGAUGCAACUAUUUUUCCCAUUUGUUACCACUAAUGAUAAAAAAAAGUUUUUGCUUCUGUAGAAAAUGAUUUUAUGAGAUGUUUUAUGAAAUGUUCAGUCAUUUUCUAAGUUUUAUAACUCCACAGAAGAUGUGGCAUUCCCAUAAAGGGUGUGUAUCUUUUCAACAGUCCUUUCUUUUGAAUGAAGGAUGACAGUAUUAACAAUUUGACAUACACUGACUUUUGCCUUUAUGAAUAUUGGACUGAAUGUAUUUGGCACCUUAACAAGAAGAAAACUGACAGACGUAAAUAUGUCUUUGCUCUAGACAGUAAUACGCCAUGAUAAUUGCUUUAGCUUAUUUUUACAGACAUGGUAUUUAUAGAAAAACUGUCAGACAUUUAUUUCCUGUGUUACAAUUAAAAUAAUUUCACAGAUUCUGAGCUGAGAGCAGGAAAUAUGGCCAUGCAGAGUAAAACAAUAAAAUAAAUAUUAUGUUUGCUUUUUGAUAUGAAUAUCAGUUACUUGCACAAAGGUUGUGGGCCUUUAGAGUCUGCAGUUAUGUGUGUGUCUAUUUGUAUGUGUGUACAUAAUCACAGAUGUAAUUGAGGCUAAAAUCUUUAUUGGGAAUAUAAAUA